CUCAACAAUCAUUUUGUCUUAAUUUUAUAAGGUUAUAAUUUUUAUUGAGCCUAAUGAACUUCUCAGGUGGCGCCAAUAGGCUUUUGCACCGCCGGAGAUCGUCCGCAGGGACUUUAUUUAUCGGGAAUCGGAGCUGGGAUUGGCGAAAAAUUCUCCCUUCCAUCGGAAGCUAAACGAUCUCAACAAGUACCACGGUACCUCCUCAAUCUCCGCCAGAAUUGGAGGUGACUUAGAAGCAGCGUCAGAUGGGAAAGUGAGGGCAGUGGCUGAGGUUUCGGCGAGGAAGCUUGCCGCAUGCCUUUGACAACUGUGCUUUUCCUUGGAUGGUGGACUCUCUGAUCGGAUCGGCUUCGAGCCUGGAGUAAAGCAUUUGACUACCAUGUUUCCUUAUCAUCGUGCCGGUAGGGACUAUGGUGCAGCGAGAAAGGAUCUGUUACAAACUCCUGUACCAUCCUCUGUAUCUGGUGCAGAAUAUGAAAUCCAGUUCAAGUUUGCAAUGGAGGGCAUGACAAAGUGGGAUCCUAGGUGCUCAAAAACAUCACUCCAGGCUGAUCGCUUGUGGAACCACAUGAGACUUUGAAAUGACCAAGUUCAAACUGUUUAUAGUCUGAUGGCAAAACUUUUGGAGGCUCAAUUGUUCAUUCAUGAGCUUGAAGCCGAACGAGAUUCCUCUAAGAAGAAAGUCCAAUGCUUUUUCAGAAAGCUUAGAGAGGAAAAAGCCUCAUUGAAGAACAGAGAAAGUAUAAAAUUGGUGCAGUUAUUAGAAUUGGAGCUUGUCAAUUCUAAAUUGAUCAGGUUGCUUGCUGUGGCGAAAUUUUCUGAGAAGAAGUUGAUGCAAGAUUUUGAUGAAGCAAAAAAUGCCAGAAACUUAUUGGGUGAAAUUUUUAAUGAACUAGCUAAGAAAGUAAGAGAAGAUGAGAUUGAAAUUGAAGCAUCAAAAAGCAAGUUGAUAAAGCUAUGUGACGAGGUGGAAGGAAGGAAUAUGCUGCAGAGGGCUGAGGUUUGGCGUGAAGAGUGUGUGCAGAUGAAGCUGAUUGAUAAAAAGUUGGCUCUUGAAGAUAAAUAUAGUCAGAUGCACAAGUUAGUAACUGACCUGGAAACCUUUCUGAGCUCAAGAAGCACUACCAUGGAUGUAAUGGAGUUAAGAAAAGCUGAGCUAAUCAGGCAGGCAGCAAAAUCAGUAAUUAUUCAGGAUAUGAAGGAAUUUUCAUAUGCUCCCUCAAAAUCAGGGGAUAUCUACUCAGUACUCGAAGAAAUCUAACAAAUGAAAGCUAGUAAAAAGGAAGUUGAAGGAUAUGAUAAUCAUAGCCCUUCUUGUGGUCCUUCUAGUCACCAGAAUGUGAAUCCCGAGAUAAGUGAUUUUGAUGAUGACUCAGUGCUGAAGCAUUCCAAUUAUUUCUCUAGCUAUAACGCUUUCGAAGAAGAUUUAAGCUGGAAAACUACUAGUCACUCGAAGGAUCAGGAUUCAACUUAUUCCCAUGAAAAGAGUGAACCCUUGAUGAACAGGGUUAACCAAGGCAGGAUGUUUUACUAGAUGGAAAAGAAUCUGAUGAGAAUAGAAUUGAGAAUUCUCCAAAGACCGAGAUCAUUGAAGUCUGCUUAGUUUCAGGAGAACAGUCAAAACAGAAAUCAUCUUCUAUAUCUAGGCAUCAGAGAGUAUCCUCCUGUGAUAGGGAUAGAUAGAAGGCUUUCAAAUGGGACAAUUCCUACCCUGGACAAAAUUUUCUAUUCAUAGGAAGUCAGCUAAUGAUGGUGGCCCAGGACUGGGAUCUGACUGGGUGUUUGAGCUCACCUGCCUGGGCAAAUCACACAUAAACCAAGGGAUAAAGGGGGAAACUGAAUGGCCACAAGGCACUCAAGGAACGGUUCAAGGCAUCCAAGAUGUAGAGCCAGAAAAUUCAGUUGCAUAAUCUCCUUAGAUGAGUUAGACGGAAGGCAUUCUCCUGAUUUCAUUAUGUGAUGUCAUUCCAUACACUGUAAAAAAUACAAUAGUUAUUUUCCGGUGAGCUGUCUCUUUGGGUCCAUUCUUCUUCCCUUCAUGAUUAGUCUGCUUAGCUUGGUAAAAAGUUAUUUCCAUCACUUGCCAAACUCUCGCUUACAGAGUUACGUUCCUGGUUCCAAUUCCAGAAUUUAUUUUACUGUGAGCAUAUUAUACUUCCGGUAUGGUCAUUAAUAUGAACAGAAGUUUUGUACACCUGACAACUUAAAUGAUAAUUUAUUACA